AUGGAAUUUCGGCAAUGCACCAUCGCGGGAUUAGCUUAUGCUGAUGUGGUCGAGGAUAUAAAACGUGCUCGCGUUGUUGAUGGAGUUGAGGUGGGACAAUAUGAUUUCAAGCAAUUAAGAGAGGAUUUGAGAAGUCACACAAUGGGCCUUGUGAUCCAUGAAUUUUUGUCUCUUUUGGCGGUUUGUCAUACUGUUAUUCCGGAAAGAAGCGAAAAGAAUCCCA